UACGGUGGAACAUGCAAGAUUGGUCGGAAGAAUGGGGGAGAAUCGUCAGCAGAGGUCGUCAAGGUUUGGAAUGAGGAGCGCGGCGGCAGGCGAGAUAGUAGAGGUGCAAGGCGGCCACAUUGUCAGGUCCACGGGGCGGAAAGACCGCCACAGCAAGGUCUGCACGGCAAAAGGCCCCAGGGACCGCCGUGUCCGGCUAGCCGCCCACACUGCCAUUCAGUUCUACGACGUCCAAGACAGGCUCGGCUACGACCGACCCAGCAAGGCCGUCGAUUGGCUCAUCAAGAAGGCCAAACCGGCCAUUGAUGAGCUGGCUGAACUCCCCGCCUGGAAACCCCGUGACCAGAAUUUCGACUCUGGAGGUGCCAAUACUGUUGCCGGACCUUCUUCUAGUAAGAGACCUGCUAUGAUGAUGCUCCCGCCGGAGAAACAAAAACCAUCGAGCUUUUUGCCUCCUUCUUUGGAUUCUGACGCCAUUGCUGACACCAUCAAAUCCUUCUUCCCCAUGGGAGCUUCAGAGGAGGCAAAUUCUUCUUCAUCUAUGCACUUCCCAAGCUUCGGACAUCAUCAUCAGUCCGAUUUGCUGCCCCGAACAUGCAAUCAGACCCAAGAUUUGAGGCUCUCUUUACAGUCAUUUCAAGAUCCAACCACCACUAUCAUUCUCCACCACCACCAAGACCAGCAAGAACCUCAUCAGCACCACAAGAGCGCCGCUAGCCAUAGAGCCCUCUUUGAUGCUUCCGGCGGCUGGUCUGACCACCACCAGCAGAGGUUUCCAGCUUGGAACGCUGGCGGAGAAGCAGCUGCCUGCAGUGCUGCAUCGGCGGAAACAGGAGGAUUCUUGUUCAGUUCGCCUCAUCAGCCAGUAUUUCAGCAGUUGCUCGGUGGGCCGAGUCAGUAUCUUUCUUCUCAGAGGGGACCCCUUCAGUCCAGUUACUCGCCUUCGAUUCGUGCUUGGAUGGACCAAUCAUCGGCCAUAGCCAUUGCCGCUGGUGUUGAACCAAACCAGCACUACCAAUUACCCAUUUAUCCAUCAUCUUCCCUACCCGGUUUAGGAUUCUCCACUGGAGUAGGAGAUUUGUCUGGGUUUCGCAUUCCUGCACGAAUCCAAGGUGAAGAGGAGCACGAUGGCAUGUCAGAUAGGCCAUCCUCUGCUUCCUCUGAUUCCCGCCGUUAAAUUCGCCCUCUCAAGCUCCACUCUUUUCCUCCCUCCAAGGUCUUGAUGCUUGACUGUUUCUUGAAGUCAUGAUUUCGUGCAAAAGAUUUAGUAUCUGCAGGAGAUCUUGGAGGGAUAGACUGGAGAGGAAUAUUACUGAGUCUAUGUCAACGGCGCGGCAACCACCCGUGGUUAGAUUCAUUCUGAGCAUAGUUUCAGGUGUUUCUAUCCCUGGUUUAUUCAUUUUCUGUAUUUGUCCCGUUAAAAUAAUAAUUCAACUGUUAAUCGUUAUUUCAUGUAUGGUUGAUUGAGCUUCCCGAGCUGAACUAUUUCCAGUUCUGUUGUGUGUUUCUGUUUUCGGACCAGUGGGUCUUCAAUGAAGUUUAUGAAUUUAG